GUAUCGAGAAGUGAUUGAAUGUUUCGCACGCAUAUUUCUACAUAAAUGUUUCUUGUGUACGAAUAAAUGUUAGGUAAUAUAUGCCGGUCGAAUAAACGUAUCAAAUCGACUUUUUCGGCUGUCAACGCGUCGUACGCCUAAAUAAGUAAUCGAGAAGCUACGGACAGUGCAUAAUUAUUGAUAGAAAAUCGCCCGGUCAGCGAGCGGACGCCAUUUUCGCAUUGUCCGUUCCUUGCGUCGUGUGGGUCGUGUGCAACAAGUGUCGCGAGUGGUGAAUCGAACGACGAGCGCAAUGUGAAUUUUUCGUCUGGCAGAGUGUCUCGCGCGUUUAAUCAAGUGUCGAGUGUACGUGGAGCUCGUAAGUGUCGAGCGUACGUCGAGCCGUAAGUGUCGAGUGAAACGACGACCGACGCUGCGUUAUUUACUCGUCCGGAUCUCGGGAUCGCCGACAAAGCAACGAGCGGACGUGAGGGGCAAUCAUCACUCAUUAUACCAUUUAAUUAAAUAUUUCAUUUCUUAUAAAAUAAAUUCUCGCUAUAAAACAUAACAUUCAAGUGAUGUAAUCCUCGCUCGAAAUAAGCAUGAACAAAGCCGCGAAUCGGAGUAGUCGAUAACCAUGCGAGUCAAAACAAUAGCCCAAUUAUCGCACGGGGCAGGAAUUUUCUGUAUUUUAUUUGACUAGCGCAGUUACUGAAUAUUACGUCAUUUUGAAGAUGUCUGUGAUAGUCGGAUAUUUCGCGUACAUUUUCUCCUCGAAAAUACGUCUCGUAUACGAGUAAAUAUCGAGUGUGCCGGAUCAAAUAUACCGAAUCGACUUUUUCAUCCGUCAUCUUUUUCACACGUCACCAUCUUUUUCACACGUCACGCGUCUAAAUGAGUAUCGGGAAACAACGAUGAGUGAAUAAGCAGCAUCGACAGAAGGUUCUCGAAAAGACGGACUACGAGCGAACGCCAUUUUCACAUUAUCUAUGCGUCGUAUGCAACGAAUGUCGUGAGUCGAGCGACGACAGUCAAUUUUUCGCCUGCCGGAGAGUCUCACGCGUUUAGUCAAGUGCCGUGCGCGUCGAGCUUGAAAGUGUCGAGUGAAACGACGACCGAUAUAGCCGGUUCUGUCACGUUCCACAUUAUUUUCUCGUCGAGAAUGUGAAUCAUCGAGCGCGUAAACGAUCAUUGUAACGUGCUAAUUACAUCUUUCCUGAUUGUACCUGCUGCAUGUUAACAAAGAAAAGACAACUAGAAGACUGAUCGUUGAACACAACGAGCCUGGUGAUAUCGAUUCGCGCCGAAACCGAAGAUCAUUUCGGUACAAAGGAAACGGCGGUAGCUCGACCCACGGAUCGGCGCAGCGGUGAUCUAUUUGCGAUCAGGUGUGAUCUAUCGACGAUCGACGAGCGUGGGUGGACGGUGGAUACACGAUUCAACUCGGCCCUCGGACCUCGGCACCGGCUGCUACCAGAUGUCGCUUUCAAUCUGUUUGGUGCACAGCUGAUGCAAGGCGUUAUUUGGCGGUAUCGCGUGGUAUCUUGUAAACGUGAAAUGAAUAACAGAAAAAAUUUGUCAUCUACCUUCUAUCAUUGGAUAACACAUUCAUUGCUAUUGGCGAGCUUCCUUUAUUACGUUCCGUAGUAUUCACAUUUUUUGAUGCAAGGAUAUCAAGAUAACCUAAAAUGGAAGACAAUAUUGAUAAAGGACUUAUUACUCGAAUAAAUUUGGAAAAUUUUAUCACUUAUGACAAAAUUACAGUGAAUCCUACCAGAUACCUCAAUGUUAUUGUUGGACCUAACGGUUCUGGCAAGUCCACUAUUGUGGCUGCUAUAGUUCUUGGUUUAGGUGGCAAACCUAAUAUUAUUGGACGAGCGCUUCAUAUUGGAGAAUAUGUGAAGUAUGGACAUGAAUCUGCAAAAAUAGAAAUUCACUUGAAAAAUGGAAACAAAAAACAGGAUAUUGUGAUCACCAGAAUAUUUACCAAUCAGGGAAAAUCUACCUGGAUGAUCAAUGGUACUCCGUCAAAUGUAAAAGCUGUACAGGAAUUUACAAGCAGCCUUAAUAUUCAGGUUGAUAAUCUUUGCCAGUUUUUACCACAAGACAAAGUACAAGAUUUUUCUAAAAUGGAUUCUCAAGCUUUAUUAGAGAAUACAGAAAGAUCUGUUGGAGAUCCAAAGAUCCUUGAAUAUCAUCAAAAGUUAAAGGAAGAGAGGACCAACUUCAAGCAAUUGGAAGUUGAUGUAGCACAUAAAAAACGAUUACUAGAAUCUAAUACUCAGAGACGAGAUGGAUUACAACAAACUGUUAGUACAAUAAAAGAAAGAAAAUUGAUUAAAAAAAAGAUUAUAACAUUAAAACAAAAAAAAGCAUGGAUGCUGUAUGAUCAAACACGCCGAAGAUUACUGGAGGUUAAAACAUUCAGAGAUGCAGCUGCAAGAAAAAUGCAGUCAAUAGAUAACGAAUUAAAACCAGUAAAAAAAAAGGUUGAAGAAAUGAAAUCUGAUAUGACAAAGUUGAAAAAUACAUUAAAUAGUCACAACAACAAAGUUAAGGAGAAGAAUGCGAAAUCGAGAAGCAUUAUGGAUGAGAUUCUUGGUUGUGAUAAUAAAAUAAAAGAAGCUGAGAGUACAUGUUUACGCAGAAUCCAUACAGAAGAAAAUCGAGAUCGAGAUAUACAUUUAGCACAACAACAGAAAUCUAAACUUGAGAAUGAUUUUUCUCUCAUGAUUAAUGAAAUUGGAUCAGAGGAAACUUUAACGAAACAACUGGAGAAUACAGCGACCAAUAUGGAAAAACAUAGGAAAAUAAUCAAUAAGCUUUCCGCUGAAAAUAUUUCAUUAAAGAAUGAAGAUGAAAAUAUCGAUCGUAAAGUUAGAACGUUACAAGCAGAACGUCAGAUGCUCAAUAUUGAUGUAAAGCGUUUAGAACUUUUAAAACAAAAAAGUAUAGACGCGUACAAAGGUGUGGUCUGGUUGAGACAAAAUACUGAUAAAUUUCAAGCAAAAGUGCAUGAGCCUAUGUUGCUCAAUAUUAACGUAAUAGAGGCUUCAUACGCUAAGUAUUUAGAAAAUAUAAUACCGAUGCGGGAUUUAAUUGCGUUUACAUGUGAGGAUAAGCGCGAUAUGAAACUUCUACUCAUGUACUUGAGAGACCAACAGAAACUGCAAGUCAACGUAGUUCAUUCUGAUCCUAUGAAAAAAGUCUCUAUGCAGCCAAAUAUACCGAUAGAUAAUCUUAAAAAAUUCGGCUUUAAAUAUUAUUUAGUGUCGCUUAUUGAAGCACCACCCACGAUAACAAAAUAUCUGGUCUCUAUGUAUCAGUUGCACAAUAUUCCUGUUGGGACCAAUGAAGUUGAGAAUAAUACAGAACAUAUACCUCAAAGCUUGAGCUGUUACUUUAGUCCAAACAAUGUUUAUGCUGUGAGUAUAUCCAAGUACACGCAUGUUAUAUCAACCAGGAUGUCACGGAUCACCGGAAACAACAUGCUAUCAAUUGUUUUAGAUCAAAACAAUCUGCAAAAACUUGAAGAACGAUUACAGAAUUUGCAUGAAAAAAAGAGCCAAAUCUUGAGUGAUAUAAAAGAGAAGGAAUGUACAAUAAGCGAGGAAACUGAAAAAUUAGAUGGUUGUCGGUCUGACAGGAAUAAACAUCAACAAAAUAUUCAGCACAUUCAAGCAUUGCAAGGUAGAAUACGUAUAACUACGAAUAAAAUUAAGCAGAUGGAAAAGGAGCGGACGAGUAUUGAUGAUAUAAAUGCAGCAUGCACUAAAGAUAUUAAGGUAUUUAUAAAAAACCAACUACAAAUGUAUAAAGAAUAUAACGCAGUGUUAAAGAAAUAUUUUAAUUGUGUCACGCAAAAUGAAGAAGUCAAAUUUGCAUUAACAUUAUUAGAACAAACUUUAAUGAAGAAAGAAAGUGAUGUUGCGGAACUCAAAGAUAAGCACGACGCCGCAGAAUGGGAAUUUAAACGAUAUAAUGACGAAUUCCAACCCUUAACUAAGGAAGCUCUAAGACUGUAUAAUGAAGCAUUGCAAAGUACAAAUAAUAUUGAUCCACAAAAUAAUGCGUUUAAGCCUUUCAAUAAGGCGUUUGAAAAAUUACCGGCUACUAUAGCCGAAAUAAAUAACGAAUUAAAUGUUUCUCAAGCAAAAGUUUUUUGCAUGGCAAAAAAUGUAGAUGCUGAAAAUGUGUUACGUGAAUACGAGGAUGUACAAAAUAACAUUAAAGCUUUAAAAAAAUAUAUAGAAGAAAAGACUGUCGAAUUAGAGAAAAUAUCAAAAGAGAUUGAGGAAUUAAAAAAGAAGUGGUUACAACCAUUAGAGGAGCUGGUUGAAAAGAUAAAUGCAAACUUCAGUGCUUAUUUUGCCGCGAUGGACUGUGCUGGUGAAGUCACGCUUUCGCACGGUGAAAAUCCCAUGGAUUUUGAUCAAUAUGGUCUUAAAAUCAGGGUGAAGUUUCGAGACACGGACGAAUUACAAGAAUUAACGAGACAUUUCCAGAGUGGUGGUGAAAGAACUGUAACUACUGCCAUAUAUAUGAUCGCGUUGCAGGAAUUAUCGCGCGUACCAUUCCGCUGUGUGGAUGAAAUUAAUCAAGGCAUGGAUGCGGUAAACGAAAGACGGGUCUUCAAUUUGCUUGUGAAAAUGACAGGAAGACCAGGCAGUUCCCAAUAUUUUUUGCUGACACCAAAGCUUCUGUCUGAACUAACAUAUGCUAAGACAGUCACAGUGCACAACGUUUUUAAUGGACCAGAUGCGAAUGAUGAAGAAUUUGAAUUUGAUAUGGAAGUUUAUUGCAACAAUCUCCUAUCGAAUUCUAUUGAAUAAGAAGAAAGAAUUACUAAAGUAUAAUAUUUUGUUUCUUAAAAUAUAUUUUUAGUAUUAUGUAUGCAGUGAAUGCACUAUAGCCUGUAAGUAUUUUAGUUCUUAGUAUAAUAGUAUAAUAAACAAUAUUUUUUAAUAUUUUUUUAUUCCAAUUAACAUUACAUCUUGUGUUAAUUUUAAAAUUAAAAACGUUAUGAUAGAUUAUUUUGUUAAACUGAUACUUAUAUCACACAAAAUUGAUUGUGAUAUUGAAUUUAUUUU